GCUGACGCGAAACUACGUGAAACUACGUGAGCGAAGGCGCGAGGCCGUCCAACCCAAUGCUGUAAUUAGUCACGAGUCAGCCUACGUAAAACUCCGGUGGCCCGGCUAUGGAUACCUCGCUCUCGCCUCGGCCGGACGGCAGUUUAAACGGCUCGGUGUCGGACGGAGAGGAGAGCCGGAGCGAAGACAGUCCGGCGUCGGCGGAGUCCCCCGGGGUGACGGUCGUCCAGCUGUUAGACGGUCGGACGGUGCAGGUCCGAGGGGUCAUCCAGGCCCCCCAGACCUCCGUCAUACAGGCGCCGCACGUCCAGACGAUGCAGAUUGCCAGCGUGGCCGAGAUGGAGGACGACGAGUCGGUCACAGACACCCAGAAGAGACGAGUGCUGCUCUCCAGGCGUCCGUCUUAUCGAAAAAUACUGAACGAGCUUUCAUCGGAUUCUCCGGCCGUUCCUAAAAUCGACGAAGAGAGGACCGAGGAGGAGGAAGAUGAGGAUGACGAUGAUGAGGAGGAGGAGGAGGAAGAAGUCUCCAGUGCUGCCUCCGCAACAGUGCCGACCAUCUACCAGACCAGCUCGGGACAAUAUAUUGCCAUCACUCAAGGGGGAGCCGUGCAGCUGACCAGUGCCGGGGGGGAAGCCUUUUCGGGGGGACAGAGCGUGAUGGUGGCCAGCGCUCACGGCCAGCAGAACGGAGCCACGAUCCUGCAGUGUGCCGCUCAGCCCGGAGACGGCCAGCAGCAGUUCUACAUCCAGGGGGGACAGGUGAUCGUCCAAGCUGCCACAGGAGACAUACCCACCUACCAGCUGCGUUCGCCCAGCUCGGGCCUGGCCCACAGCAUCGUGAUGGCGGCGUCCCCGGCGUCCAUGCAGAACCCGCCGCAGCAGCACACCGGAGAAGUCACCCGCAAGAGGGAGGUCCGCCUCAUGAAGAACAGGGAGGCCGCUCGCGAGUGCCGCAGGAAAAAGAAGGAGUACGUGAAGUGUCUGGAGAACCGCGUGGCCGUGCUGGAGAACCAGAACAAGACGCUGAUCGAGGAGCUGAAGGCGCUGAAGGACAUUUACUGCCACAAGGCCGAGUAGCGGCGGGCGGCGAGCGGCGGGCCGAAGACGGCGCCAUUUACAAACGACGAAAAAAGAAAGAAAAGGGACAGAACUCUGGAACAAAAACUUUAGUUGUCUCCGCUCACUCAGGCCUCCGGGGUCACCGGGGGAACUGGAGGAAGAAGAAAAAAAUGAAAAGCUUGAGCUUUUGCCAGUUAUUAGCCCCUCCCCCCCCCCCCCCCUCGUUCUCAUCUCGCGCUCGUCGUCGCUUCGCGCUGCAGCUUUUUUGUCCACGUCCAGCCAGAGCCGACGGAGAGGAACCGGAAGAGGAAGUAGUGCAGGUGCUUCCCCAAGAGGCCGGAAACACUUCCUCUGAGGUCAGGGGGUCACGCAGGAUCCCGCGGCGUUCACCCGACGCCGUCUACGCCUCGCCGUGCCGGUUCUGGAUCUCUUUGACUUGUUUUCAGUUAGUCUUGACGUUAUUUGUUUGGUCCCUAAAAAAAACAAGAAUACAAAAAAAAAAGACAAGUGUGUAUAUAUUUUUUAAAUUUCAAUGACUUCAAGAUGGCGGUCGGUGCACAGAAGCGGCGGCGGCGUUGGCGCCCGGCGGCAUUACCUGAAAUCCCGAGUGUUUUUUUAAUCCGUCGAUUGUAAUAUUGGAAGAAAAUGAAAUGAAUCCAAAGUAUCAGGAUUUCUAUUCUAUUACAUUUACUGGAUUUCACUCCACAGCUUUGUAAAAAAAAUUAUUCCACAAAGAGAAAAUGUGAGUUUGUGUGAAGUGAAUAAAAAGAAUAAAACCGUCUUUUGUAACGCGACUCCUCGCCGCCUCCUGCUCCACCGCCUCGGCGUCUUUUUGAGAACAAUAGAUAUCCAUCGUGCUAUGAAACUAUUGAUUAUGGCUGGAUAUUCAACAUGCUCUGUUUUAAAGGGUGAUGCCAAUUUGUACUUGUUAUUCUUUUUUAAAUGUAAAGACAUUUUUUUUGAACGGUAUUGAUCAUGUUGUGUUCGUGUUUCUGGUGAUUUAGAAAACUGCUUGCUUUAAAAAAAAGAAGAAAAAUAAGUUGUUCCACUGAAUAUAUUUUAUUGAAAGAGAGAGAGAGAGAGAGCUCGUAUCAUGGCGGCAGACGUUUGGCUCUGUGUUCAAAUGAUAAUAGCAUUAUGUUUAAUUUGAUAUCAACUGAGUUGAAUUUACCUGCAUGUAGUUAUUGUCUUUAUUUUUACCCGGUGUUCUCUUCUCGUUGUUGUACUUCCUCAUUUGAAUUGUGAGAAACUGUUUUAAAACUUUGUUUUAUCUAAUAAAAAUGUUUAAAAAAUUCAAA